CGCGCCAUGUCGCUCAGCCCCAGGCACACGACGCCCUUCUCCGUCUCCGACAUCCUCAGCCCCAUGGACGAGCCCUACAAGAAGUUCGGCGGCGCCCUGGAGGGCAGCCUGGGCGCCCCGCUGGCCGCGGGAGGGGCCGCCGCCUACCGCCCGCCGCCCCCGCCGCAGCACCCCAUGGCCGCCCACAACUACCACCCCAUGGCGCACCCCGCCGCCGCCCCCCAGUUCGCCCACGGCCCCGUGGCCGGCUACUGCAACGGCGGCCUGGGCAACGUGGCCGACCUGGCGCCCUACUCCGACGGCGGGCGGGGCGGCGCCGGCGCCCCGGGCUGGUACGGCGCCAACGCCGACCCCCGCUACCCCACCAUUUCCAGGCUGAUGGGCGCCUCGGGGGGCAUGAGCGUGGCCGGCAUGGGCGCCCUGUCCGGGAUGGCGGAGGCGGCCAAGUCGCUGGGCCCCGGGCUGCACGCCGCGCCCCGUCGCAAGCGGCGGGUGCUCUUCUCGCAGGCGCAGGUCUACGAGCUGGAGCGGCGCUUCAAGCAGCAGAAGUACCUGUCGGCCCCGGAGCGCGAGCACCUGGCCAGCCUCAUCCACCUGACGCCCACCCAGGUGAAGAUCUGGUUCCAGAACCACCGCUACAAGAUGAAGCGCCAAGCCAAGGACAAGGCGGCCCAGCAGCCCCCGCCGCCCGACGGGGGGGCCGGCCUGGGCCAGGCGCAGCCGCCGCCCCAGCCCGCGCCCCCCGCCGCCGCCGCCGCCGCCUCCUCCUCGCCCCGACGCGUGGCCGUGCCGGUGCUGGUGAAGGACGGCAAGCCCUGCCCGCACAGCGCCGCCGCCUCGUCCGCGCCGUCGGGCCAGCAGCACCCGGUGCCCUUGCUGGGCCAGGCGCCCGACCUGGAGGAGCUCUCGCCCAGCCCGCCGGCCCUGCACAGCCAGGUGGGCGGCCUGGCCCAGCUCGACGCCGCCGCCGUCGACUACAGCGGCGGCCUGGUCAACGCCAGCUUGCUCUACGGCCGGACGUGGUAA